AUGAGUAAACAAGAUAUAGUCAGUGAGCUUCACAAAGCAGCAAGAAGAAAUUUUUCUGGUCAACAUACGAUUAUUAAAGGAAUAGAUGAUUUAUGGCAAUUGUUGAUGAUUGAUUUUCAAAAAUAUUCCACGUUUAAUAUAGAAUAUAAAUAUGUUCUAGUAGUAAUCGAUGCUCUAUCAAAAUACGUAUGGGUUAGACCGUUGAAAACAAAACAUAAAAAUUUUGUCAAAAAUGCGAUGCAAAGUUUAUUAUCUGAAUCAAGACGAAAACCUAAAAAUUUACAAACAGAUCUUGGUACAGAGUUUUAUAAUGAUUCUUUUAAGAAUUUAAUGAAAAAUUAUAAUAUAAAUCAUUAUUCCACGUACUCCGUUAAAAAGGCCUCCAUUGUAGAACGAGUAAUAAGAACUUUAAAAACUCACCUUUACAAAAUGUUCAGUCAAUGCGGACGAUAUCAAUGGUUCAAAAAUAGUUUAGAUUUUGUUGUAAAGCGGUAUAAUAAUACAUUACAUCGCAUUACAAAAUUCAAGCCUAUUAACGUUAAUGAAUCAAAUGCGACUUUAGUUAUGUCAAACAUCAAGAAGUCUCAAAAGCAUAAGAUACGUCAAGGACCUUUCACGCUGGAGAUUACGUUGGUAUAA